GCUGUUAGGCCAGCUGGGUUCUGAUUUGUGAAAGCUCUCUUCACUAAAUCUUCCCAUUCUCCUCUCUCCCUCUCUCACUUGAUAAAACUUUUUUUUUCUUUCUUUCUAGAUGAGUAGUCUUUAGACUAUUGGAAUUUGAUUGACUAAUGAUGUAAAAGAAAAGCUAGAGAGGGAGAGAGAGAGAGAAAAGAAGAAAUUUCUUCUCUUGUAGGUUUGUGUUUUGGGGGUGUUUAUAUAUUUUUUUUUUUGGUUUCCUUGGAAACUUUGGCUUGUUGGGUUUUCGUUUUGGUUUCUUGCUUUGGCUUUCUUCUUGGAUGGGAACUGAGAGUAGGGAAGGAAUAGUGUUGAAGAAGGAGAAGAAAUAUGGUGGGGAAGUUACGAGAGGGCAGUGGUUGUUGUACAGUUGUAAACUACUACAGCCUUGUACAAGUUGGUCUAGUUUUAGACAAGGGAGUUACUCUUUCUGCAAGUGACAAAAUCUUGCAUCUCUAUAACAACAUCCCUUGAGCACUUAAGAAAAGAUCUGACCAAAACAAAAAAAAAAAGAAAACAACCUCACACAUACACGAAAACUAUUGACUUUUAAAACAACAACAAGAAGAAAAGAGCAUCUUUUUGAUCUAACUAGAGAUCUGUCUUUAAAAGAGUGUUCUUUUCGUCAAGUUCAUCAACCAUGAAGAGACUUGGCAGCUCAGAUUCCUUGGGUGCUUUGAUGUCCAUCUGCCCAACCACAGAUGAACAUAGUCCAAGAAACAACCAUAUUUACAGUAGAGAGUUUCAGUCCAUGUUAGAUGGCUUAGAUGAAGAAGGCUGUGUGGAAGAAUCAGGCCAUGUUGCUGAGAAGAAGAGGCGGUUAAGUGUAGAUCAAGUUAAGGCCUUGGAGAAGAAUUUUGAGGUUGAAAACAAACUGGAACCGGAGAGGAAAGUGAAACUAGCUCAAGAACUUGGCUUGCAACCUAGACAAGUUGCUGUCUGGUUCCAAAACCGCCGUGCUAGAUGGAAGACCAAGCAAUUGGAAAGGGAUUAUGGCCUUCUCAAAACCAGUUAUGAAACUCUUAAGGUCAAUUAUGAUACCCUCCAGCAUGACAAUGAAGCUCUUCUCAAGGAGAUAAGAGAGCUGAAGGCAAAGCUGAAUGGAGAGAGCACAGAGAGCAAUCUUUCUGUGAAGGAGGAGGUGAUUGUGCAUGAAACUGAUAAUAAAACACUUGAACAAAGUGAACCGCCUCCGGUUUCCUCUCUGGUUACCUCAUCAGACCCAGCAGAACUGAACUACGAGAGCUUCAACAACAGCAUUGGAUCAGUUGGCGCCACCCUUUUCCCAGACUUGAAAGAUGGGUCAUCAGAUAGUGACUCGAGCGCUAUCUUGAAUGAAGACAACAACAACUGCAGCCCCAACAACGCGGCUAUUUCUUCAUCUGGGGUCCUACAAAGCCAACAACAUCUUCUGAUGUCACCAACGACAACCUCUUCACUCAAUUUCAACUCAUCUUCUUCCUCACCAUCCUCCAUGAAUUGCUUCCAGUUCUCAAAAUCAACCUAUCAACCAUGCCACCAAUAUGUGAAGAUGGAAGAGCACAAUUUCUUCAGUGCAGACGAAGCUUGCAAUUUCUUUUCGGAUGAGCAAGCUCCAAGUCUUCAUUGGUAUUCUCCUGAACAAUGGAACUAAGCGGCGAAAGAGGAAGCCAAAGUCACAUGUAUGUAAUAUGGGACCAAAUCAAAUGCAAAGAAAUAAGGCAAAACGCAAAGUUGGGUACUUUAAAUGAAGCUCCAAGAACUUUGUAAGAUGGCAAGUGUGUAAGUUAAACUACCAUGACCUCCGCCUGUGCAAAGUUGAAAGAUAGAGGUCAAGAAUGAAAGGGAAAAAAACAUGGGAAGAGUACAUUUGGAGCUGAAGAAGAGGAAGAGAGACAAAACUAAGAGAGAAAAGAUCGAGAGAGAGAGAGAGAGAGAGGAGGAGGAGGAGAGGGAGAGGGAGAGAAGGGUGGUUCACGUGGGUAGGGGGGCUUGCUUAGGCGAAUGGUGAAACCAAAUGGAGGGGCGUGCGGGAAUGAUUAGGUCGUAAUUGGAAGUUUUUUUCUUUUUAUCUUCUUUCUCUCUUCUGCUGUAAAUGGAAAAAUCUCCGGAGUCCUUUGGGGGAAAGUAAAAGUUUCCUUCUUAUGGAGAGAAGCAGAAAAAAAAAAUAAUCAUCAAUCACCAUUUCCUUGAAGCUUCGUUUUA